AUCGUUAUCGUUUCUUCAUCUUCACAUCUUGCAAAAUAAAAACAAUUCAAAGAAAUAAUUGGCUUUUUACACCAUAAAAUAACAAAAUAAGCCGAGAUGAGUGCCGCCACCGCUCCCACGGGCAUUCAGAGCACCGCUGGCGCCAUUCCCGUGCGCAAUGAAAAGGGUGAAUUGUCCAUGCAAAAGGUAAAGGUGCAGCGGUAUAUAUCCGGAAAGCGCCCUGAUUACGCACGAGCCGAUUCCAGUACCGAGGAGAGUGACGAAGAUGACUUCAUUGACACCAGGAAGCGCUUGGAGCGCCACAAAGCCGAGCGCCACAAAAUGGAGCUCUCCCGUAGAGAAGGUACCGCGGAGGGCGAAGACAAGGCUCCGGGAGAGGCGGACGAGCAGGAUGAGGCGGAGGUAGAUGAUCCCCGGUUGCGACGACUGCGAGCCAGACCCGUGGACAUGGAAGAUAUGGAACGGGAGCGCAGGGAACGCCACCGACACAUCCACGAGCCCGAAAUCAUGGAGAGCGACAGCGAGGACGACGAGGAGGCGGACAAGGAAGGCCAGGAGCAGCAAAGAAACCUUGAGCGAGGCACAAACAAGAUUACACUGGCCUCCGAAUCCGACACAGAUGCUGAGCUCAGUGACACAGAGCUGGAGAAGCGUCGUAUUAAACUCCGAUCACGGAUGCUGCAACAGCAACGCGAGGAGGAGGUGCCAAAAGAGGACGAAAAGCAGUCGGAAUCUUCUGAGUCGGAGAGCUCAGAGUACGAGGAGGAGACCGAGAGCGAGGAGGACAACGAGCCCCGACUGAAACCGCUUUUCGUGCGGAAAAGGGAUCGCGCCACCAUCCAGGAAAAAGAACGCGAAGCCCAGAAACAGAAGCAACUGGAGGCAGAGGCCAAGCGGGCGGCCAAGGAACGGAGAAGAGCCACUCUGCGACUGGUAGAAGAGAGCGUCAAGAAGGAUUUAGAGAAGACGAAGCCAGAGUCAAACGAGGCCUGCAUCGAGGAUGUGUGCACAGACGAUGAGAACGACGAGGUGGAGUACGAGGCCUGGAAGCUGCGCGAGCUCAAGAGAAUGAAGCGGGACCGUGAGGAACGCGACAACAACGAACGCGAAAAGCUGGAAAUUGAUCGUAUGCGUAAUCUCACUGAGGAGGAGCGACGCCAGGAGCUGCGCCAAAACCCCAAGUUGGUCACCAACAAGGCCACCAAGGGGAAGUACAAGUUCCUGCAGAAGUACUACCACCGUGGCGCCUUCUACCUGGACGAGGAGAACGACGUGUUGAAGCGCGACUUUGCGCAGGCCACGCUUGAAGAUCAUUUCGACAAGACCAUCCUGCCCAAGGUGAUGCAGGUGAAGAACUUCGGACGCUGCGGACGCACCAAGUACACGCAUUUAGUUGAUCAGGACACCACCAAAUUCGACUCGCCCUGGUACGCAGAGUCCUCCAGCAACAUCAAGUUCCACAACGAACGCGGCGGCGGCAUGAGGCAGCAGUUCGACAAGCCCACGGGAUCGAAGCGAAAGAAGUUGGAAUAGAUGUUAUAGUACAAUAA